AUGAUGAUCCAAGGCUCUCUCCAGCAUCUCCCAGCUAUCACUGACUGUCCGAUGUCGUAUGGAUACUCAAAUUGGGACCGUUUGAUUGCCUGUAGAGAUAUCGGAGUCCAAUCGAAGGAACAUCUCAAUCGGUCUCGUGCAGAGAUGAACGGGAGCAUGUCAUCUGCUAGCCACUCUGACGAUCCCAUUAAUCUCAACGAUCCUCUGUUUUUUCAUCCUCAGCAUCCUCGCAGUGCAGAGAACUUUGAUUUAGGAGAACUUGGCAUUGGGCACCCAGUGAUGGGUGGGAAACCACCGGCGAUCCCCCAGCGGUUGUAUCCUGCCUACCAACUCCCUGGACUGAGCUACGGAGUGAGGCCGGACGGGAGUGUGUUGGUCAGCGCUCGGUAUACUUACCCGGCGCCAAAUAAACGGAACGUGGACGCCGCCCAACAAGAGGCACCCGUAGCAGGUGUGCCAAACAAAAAACGCAGACUAACAGACCCGGACAAUUAA